AUGGAGCCCUUUUUGUGGAGGCCAAAGACAAGCACGCUUUGCGUGCCAGUACGAGUUCGACCCAACUCUAGCCGAACUGGCAUUGUCGCACUUACACCAGACGAACUUUCGGUCAGCAUAAGUGCAGCACCGCAGGACGGGGAGGCCAAUCAAAUGCUUGUUUCUGUCCUUGCUCGCUCCUUUGGCAUUCCCAAAAGCUACGUGUGUAUUAUUUCCGGACAUAAAUCGCGGGAAAAGGUUGUUUCGAUAACACCACCGGUGCCCUCUGUCCCAUAUUCGCAGUUUGCAACCGGGAUCCUGGCAAGGAUCCGUGGCGAACUUGAAGAAGCCUCUAAAUGA